AUGUCUCUGCUGAAUAUCCCAUCAAGAGCUCUGAGACUUGCCCAGAUUGUUUGUGCAGUGAUAUUCUGUCUCACAACUGCGGGUGUUGUUUUUGGAUUCGCUGCGUUAAAACCUGUGUUGAUCAAGAAAGGAGUAUACCGUGAGCUUUGCACUGCGAGUGACGGGAAUCCAAUGAUCCCUCGCACAUGUGACCUGAAACUCAACUUCAUGUUUACCCUUGCUGCUGUUGUGACCAAUGUCUUUUGCUUACCCAUAGGCGUGCUUCUCGAUCGGGUAGGGCCCCAACUCACUACGCUCCUUGGGGCCGCAGUUUUCGGGCUGGGUAACUUCUUCUUUGGUUUAGAGGUGGUGACACCUUGUGACGGAUAUAUUUUGUUGUCUAUCGGAGGCCCUACGAUUUAUCUUAGCACGUUCCACCUUUCCAACACCUUCCCGACACGCUCUGGUCUGAUUUUAAGCUUGAUAAUUGGGGGUUUCAAUUGCAGUGCGUUUCCCUACCUUAUUUACCGGGCAAUAGAUGAAAUACAGGAGAUUUCAAUUCGCUCAUUCUUCUGGGGCUAUAUCUCGAUCCCCGUUCUUGCGAUCAUGGAGCAAAUUGCCCUCGGACCGCAGAAUUCUUAUAAAGAAGGCGACUUUAAAGAGACUGAAUGUAGGGACUUUGUCAGUGCCGCCGACGAGAAUUCCCCCCUCCUCCCUGAGGGUAGUCCCAUGAUGAAGGGAAAUGACGAUCCUCGUGACUCUGAACACGAUGGCGAAAUCGCGGUGCGCGAACCAUUUACCGGGGUUAUGACAGGGAAACCGGUCCGGGAACAGUUAUUGUCGAGUUAUUACUGGACACGCAUCAAUUAUUUCAUCCAAACAGUCUUCCAACAAAUGCUGUUCUAUCUUAAAGACCAUGCUCUCGCUGAGAGCGUCGCUACCAGUUUCACAGUGCUAUUGCCUUUAGGGGGUGUUGUUGGAGUUCCGAUCAUCGGUUGGAUUCUAGACAAGAAGGGCGUCGGAUUUACCUCACUUGUCAUAUUCUUCUCGGGUAUCCUUUAUGGGGUAUUAGGCAUCAUGCCUAGUCCUCCAAUGCAACUAACAUCUAUCGCGAUCUUCGUCGUACUUAGACCACUUAUAUAUACAUUUCUGAGCGAUUACAUCGGGAAGGCUUUUGGUUAUGAAACCUUCGGAACUGUGUAUGGACUACUUAAUUGCAUUGCUGGUCUGUUCGGUCUGAUCCUCCGACCCAUCGAUGUGUUUGCGAAGAAUACACUUCAUGGAGACUACACUGUCGUGAAUGUAGUCGGGAUUAUUCUGGGCGCAAUUUCGGCUACGAUAAUUUCUUGGAGGAUAUACCACCAGCCACUACGGGGUGCUGUCAACGAGCUUUAG